GUUCGCCUCACAUCUCAUUCACGUUCGAAAAAACAAGAAAAUCCGGGAUGUAUUCAGAGCUCGACUGCGGAAUUUGUUACCAGACCUACAACGCAGGUCAUCGCUGUCCCCGAGAGCUCCACUGCAAACACACCUUCUGUGAGAGCUGCCUCCGGGCUCUCACCCGACCGCUGGAAGCCGGUGAGGCGUGUGUGGGAGUGGACAGGUUAAUCAACUGCCCGCUGUGCCGACACCCCACUUUCCUCUCCUGUGAUGGAGAUAUGAGAGCCGAGCUGAGGGUGGACGAGAGCACCCUGGAGCAGCUCAUGACUGCUGGAGCCCUCGACUGUGAAGAGGAAGAACCGAAGGAGGACGGUGAAGUUCAAGACCGUGACCCAGAGGCGGAAGACCCAGAGACUCCUCCCGAGGAAAGCGACUCCUCCGCCGGCGGCAGAAACAGAAGGCUGCGGUGGUAUUUGAAGAAUGUUUGGAGGGCGAUAAUCGGCAAAAGAUCUCCACGUGGAGGAGAUGAAUGUAUAACCAGCGGGGAGCUGAGGAGCAUGGCCAUGAUGUCCUGUUACAUGUUCUGAGCAGCAUCCAGCAACCAACAGAUACCCUGGAUAAUGUGAUACUGUAUUUAUUACCAAAGAUUCCCAUGAUGAUGAUGAUUAUUAUGAUGAAAACUUGCUGGCAAGUCACACGGACACAUCAUGAUUUUGAUUAGUUUUUCUCCCCUAUAAGCUAUCACAGUGUUGCACUCAAAUAUCAUCAUAUCAGCAUCCCAAAUUUCCCUGAGGACUCUCCAAAGGGAUUAAUAAAGUAUUUCUAUUCUAUUCUAAAUAUGCAAAAAAAAAAAAAAAAAAAAAAAAAUUAGCAAAGUGGUCUCUUUUCAAACUAAUAAUGUGUAUACCCUUGAUAUUUAUUAUUUUUUAUAUGUGUGUUUCUUUUAUUGUAUUUAAUGAUAAAUAAAUGACCUUUUCUUUCAA